CACUUUUCCUCCCUCCACGUGCUCUCAAACUCUCCAAUCGCGCGCUCUCUGGAGACUUUCCCCGUAGGCGGCGCUGUCAGCCACCAUAACCUCACAAGAUGCUGGCUCGGGUGUUUUCUGCCAUCGAAAGAUUCAUCUUUCCGCAAUUUCCACGCCAGUUUCCUGCUCUCGCAGUCGCUGGUGUGGACAAUCGCCUGGAACGCUCGGAGCAGGGAUCAGGACUCUGGGAGUCGCUGAAGAACACCCUCGAGGACGCCAUCGUGUGGGCAGUGCCGAAGAGUCGGCGCACAGUUGAAAAGCGCAUGAUGAGGAAGUUCGGAAGUCCGGAGAAACCGAAAUUGUUGCAGGUGAAGACUCACCUGAAGAUCUGCAUCACUUGUGGUCAUCACUACGAAGUGGGAGUUCUCUGCCCGCAUUGCUACAAUCGCGUCAGGAAGGAAACAAAGCAAAUGCAGGAGGAAAUCAAGCAGAAUCUGGGCCUGAAGCCCAUCGAGCAGGAUGUGAUUGUCCUCUAUGAGGGCGAAAAGCUGCAGGGCGCCACGGCGGAGAUGUGGCAGGGCAAGAGGAUCGUGGAGAUGAAGCGUCCCAGGCCGGCGUGGUUCAGCAAGAACCUCAUGGAGAAGACGACUCAACCUCCAGCCACGACGAAAGAGGUGAAACCCACGGAUCUGGGCUGA